CACACACACACACACGCGCGCGCACUCACACACUCUCUCUCUCUCUCACACACACACACACACACACACUCCGGCCUUCUGGCCUCUUCACAUUCCCUGCAGCUCGGUGAAGGUUCACACACGGCGUGUUUUGGGGUUUUGUCCGGUUUCCGGUUUGGUGAGGAGUUUUUCCGGGACUGCGGCGCGCGUGCACACUGUGCAGAGCGGAAACACAACAACAACAACAACAACAACAUCAUCAACACUAUCAUCAUCAUCAUCACCAGCAUCAGAAGCAGCAGCAGUGUUGGUGCUGGAGAUGCCGCAGGCUGAAGGACAGAAACUCAGUUCAGGAAUAAACACUAACAUGGAGCUGAAAUCUACAACCCAGGAGCUUCCGAGGAACUGAGAACAUCUACACCUCACUUCCAUCUAAUUUACAUACAGCUACAGCUUCACACCUCCAGCCCUGCGUCGGCGUGUCUGCGUCCUGAGCGCUGUUUCUCGGUGAAAGCCCCGCGGCCGGGUCAGGAUGCGGAGCAGCGAGGAGGCGGAAGGUUUUGACGGCGAGGCCUCCAACACGGCGAUGGUGUCGGGGACGAGCAGCCCGUAUCAGCCCACCACGGAGCCCGUCCUCUCCCGGAGUGUGUUCAGGAGCAUGAGCUGGAACACACACUACCUCACGUCACAGCUCGGCAUCCUGAAGAUCAUCGAAGCGGUUCUGUCCCUCAUUGCGUUUAUCUGCAUUGAGACGGUGAUGAUGUGUUCUCCCUGCGCUGGAGUUUAUCUGUUUGAGUUUGUGAGCUGCAGCUCCUUCGUGGUGACGGGACUCUUACUGCUGCUCUUCAUCCUCAACCUCCACAGCAAAGUCACACAGAUCAACUGGAGCUUAGUGGACCUGAUUAACGCUGCGUGCUGCACGCUGUUCUUCUUCAUCGCCUCCGUGGUGUUAGCGGCGCUCAGUCACAAGAGUGAAGCAGAAAUCGCUGCCGUGAUCUUCGGCUUCGUGGUGAUGUUGGUGUACGGUGUGAACACGGGUGUGUGUGUGAGACGGUGGCGUUUAGGAGACCAGCGCCCCCUACAGACCAGCGAAUACACACGCGCCAGGACGGCCUCGCGCGGCGAAGUGGAGACACGACCCGAAUAACACACACUAAACACACACACUAAACACAUGCACACAAUAAACACACACUAAACACACACACAAUAAACACACACUAAACACAUGCACUAAACACACACACUAAACACACACAAUAAACACAGACACACACACUAAAUACACACACACAAUAAACACACACUAAACACAUGCACACACUAAACACAGACACAUACACACUAAACACACACACAAUAAACACACACACACAAAACACACACAAAACACACACACACAAUAAACACACACUAAACACAGACACAUACACACUAAACACACACACACACACUUCAGACGAUGUGGUACUUGAUGUGUAUAUUUAGGGUUAAUUAUGAAGUUGUAUAAUCACUGUACUACUUUAUUAUCAUACUGGUGUAUAUAAACUACACACACUACACACAUUACACACACACUAAACACACACUAAACACAUUACACACACUACACACAUUACACACACGUUACACACACACUAAACACAUUACACACACUACACACAUUACACACAAACUACACGACUACACACUACCUUUUACAUACUACACACCCUUUGCACAAUACAUACAAAUUACACACUUUACACAAAACAAACUGCACACUACACAACCUACACACAAACAGUAUACAAACUACACACUCUAAACUACACACUCUAAACUACACACUACACAGAGUUGAUAUGAAGGUUAAAUCGGGACCAAAUGUGUUUUAUAACUGAUUUAUAAACAUUAAUGUGGUACUAAUUCUGAAGGGGUUUGUGUAUUUGUGUAUAUGUGUGUGUAUGUGUGUGUGUGUGUGUACUUCAUCACAAAAUGUAUUAUUUUAUAUAUUUCUGAGUUUUAAAUUCUGCUUUUAUUGUGUUCCAUUUCUGUAGUUAGCCAUUUACAGUUGCUAGUGUUUCAGCUAGCUCUGAGCAUCCGCGCUAGGCGCUAGUGUUUCAGCUAGCUCUGAGCAUCCGCGCUAGGCGCUAGUGUUUCAGCUAGCUCUGAGCAUCCGCGCUAGGCGCUAGUGUUUGAUUCACCAGCACUUACUAUUACUCGUGAUUACCUGCUAGUCGCUACUGUGUGGGAUAAUUUCUGUGCUAUUAAGGGCUAGUUGCUAGUGUUUAGGCUAGUUACUCACACUUGGGCUAUUAGCUAGCAUUUGUUCCAGUCACUAGCAUUAGUGAUUAAUCAUGAACCACUGGGUGAUUUGGGCUACUUGCUCAUGUAUCAGCUAGUUACUAGUGUUUGUGCAAGUUUGUAGUAGUUGUACCAGUCUCUAGCGUUUUAGCUUAGUCAUGAUCAUCAGUGAUGAUGUCAUUAGCAUUUCAUUAGCUAGGGUAGUGAGGGAUAGUGAGGGUUAGUGAGGAUUAGUGAGAGGGUAGAGAGGGUUAGUGAGGGAUAGUGAGUGGGUUAGUGAGGGUAGUGAGGGAUAGUGAGGAUUAGUGAGAGGGUAGAGAGGGUUAGUUAGGGUUAGUGAGAGGGUAGUGAGGGGUAGUGAGGGUUAGUGAGAGGGUAGAGAGGGUUACUGAGGGAUAGUGAGUGGGUUAGUGAGGGUAGUGAGGGAUAGUGAGGGUUAGUGAGUGGGUAGUGAGGGUUAGUUAGGGUUAGUGAGAGGGUAGUGAGGGUUAGUGAGUGGGUAGUGAGGGUUAGUGAGUGGGUAGUGAGUGGGUUAGUGAGAGGGUAGUGAGGGUUAGUGAGGGAUAGUGAGUGGGUAGUGAGGGUUAGUGAGGGAUAGUGAGUGGGUAGUGAGGGAUAGUGAGUGGGUUAGUGAGAGGGUAGUGAGGGUUAGUGAGGGUUAGUGAGUGGGUAGUGAGAAGGCAGUGAGGGUUAGUGAGUGGGUAGUGAGGGUUAGUGAGUGGGUAGUGAGAAGGCAGUGAGGGUUAGUGAGUGGGUAGUUAGCCUUUGUGCUAGUCACUGUUUUGGAGUUGAGCAAUUUUAGGGUUUGGGCUAGCUAAUAGCAUUUGUGAGUUUCUAGCCACUAGCAUUUGGGCUAAUCUCACACAUUAACAAUAAUGAAUACAGAAAUAAAAAAGAAAUAAAACUCUGUGAUGUCGGUAAAUAAUUUAAUAACCAACUGAAACCGGUUUUGUUUUUGGGGUUUUGUUUUGUUUGUUUGAUUUUUUAUUCUGAUAUUUAGACCAGACUCUGUAAAAGCUCUUUAACUGUAGUGUGUUAUUUUCUCUUUAAAAUGUUCUUUUGGUACUAACUGUAUAUUUUACAUCGAGUGUGUGUGUGUGUGUGUGUAUGUGAGAAGGUGAUUUCAGUGUAUUUAUACGUUUGAUUUAUUCUGUGGUGUGUUUGUGUGAUAACGUCAGUGUUGCAGUGUUUUAUUUACUCCUCUAAUGCGCACUACGUUGCAGUCUUCUGUCCCCUUAUACACGGUUUUAGAGAUUUUAAAGCAAUAACAUUUACUUUAAAAUGACUCAAUCUGUCUCUCUGCACCUCGGCGCUAAUUCACGCUGAACGUUAUCUCUGUGAUAGAAAACAAAAUUAUUUUGGAAAAGUAAAAAGUAAUAUUUUACCAAACAGCAUGUAAUAGAUUUAAAGUGAAGCUUUGAUGCUAAUAAAUGAGUCUCAGAUGGAGUGUAUUGCGCUAGUCGCUAAUGAUCACGGUUAUUAUUUUAUCAGCUAGUGUUUGCUUGCUAACAUUUGUGCUGUUAGUGUCUGGAUUAGUCAGUAGCAUUUGUGUUUAGCCGGCUAUACAUCGAGAAAUGGGCGGAGCCAUCAUGUUAGCGGAAAUAUCCAAAAUAGUUGAAAGUGAUGCUAAUUAGGAGUGAGAAUCUGUUAGCAUUCUGGUCACUUGCUAGCAUUUUUGCUGAGUCAUUAUCAUCAGGGCUAGUCGCUAGCACUUAAACUAGCUACUAGCAUUUGAGUGGUUUGCUAGCAUUUGAGCUAUUUUAACAUAAAUUGAGAUAAACUGAAAAUAAAAAUGAAAUAAAAUUCAAUGAAAUGAAAAACAACAUGAGAUAAAAAAAAAGAUGAUUUAAAAUCUUAUACUUUAAUGUUUGAUUUCUGCACUACAGACAUUCAGGUACUACAGAGUGUGUAGCGUGAGUGUGUAGUGUGAGUGUGUAGUGUGAGUGUGUAGUGUGAGUGUGUAGUGUGUAGUGUGAGUGUGUAGUGUGAGUGUGUAGUGUAAGUGUGUGAUUUGAGAUGGAGCCUGAAUUCAGCGUAACUCUGUAAUAAUUUAAAUAUUUUAAGGAACACUGUGUGAAUAUUUUGAAGGACAAUCGAACUGUUUUAAUGAAGGUUUCAUUUUUCUACAGCAACACUGUGUGUGUGUGUGUGUGAUUUUAUCUCUUGUGCUUUAUACUCUGUAAUGAAACACUCCUUCUCUACUUUGAGGUGUUAUAAUAAUGAUAAAUUAAUAUCUGAUUGUAAUUUUAUGGUUGAUUAUUUAUCCCUUUUUAGUCGAUGUCUGAACUCGGAGGUUUAAUAAUCCGACACUGUGAUGGUUUAAACAGGAACACAGCCGCUCUCAGAUCUGUAUUUUUCUAUUUAUGGAGCUGUGUGUCGAUUUACAGAAACUCAUUUUACAGAAACUCUGUGUUCAUUUGUGAAAUGAAUAAAUUUGGACUGAACGCA